AUGUCUUUAAAAAUCUGGAUUCCUGUCCUUACUCUACUUCUUAGCGAAGUCAAUGUAGCCAAUUGUGAAAAAAGGAUCUUGUCACCUCGAACAAGUAACUUGACCUUGAGUGCUACCAGAACAAGCAUGAUAUCCGAUGUUGAAGAAGGUUUACCUAUGCGUAUCAGUAGUUUAGAUUGUACACCAGAAUUAAACGCAAACGGUUUCAAAGCGUACCAUAAUCCAGAAGGUAUCGAUACUUGUGUUUGUCCACCCGGAAAAGGUUGGGCGAGGAUCAAAGCAAUGGCUCAUUGUUUAGCUUGUCAAGAUGAUGACCAGCGAGUUGUCAAUGGAGAAUGCCAAUGUCCAAAUGCAAGAGGUUCAUUCAUCAACACGAACUUGACACCCGAAGGCCAUUGUAUCACACCAUCUGUUCAGCCAUCAGCCUUAGCACGACCAGAUUCAAGAGUUCACGAUCGUCGACACAAUCGAAAAACUUAUGCACCUACUUCUAGUUACGGAUUGACUCCUAGAAAACCAGCUCCAAAACAUUUACAAUCAUGUUGGAAAAAAGAAAAUGAUCAUCUUUGUCUUGUUGGAAAAGAGUAUGAAUGUACUAAUCAUCAAGAAUCGAUCUCACAUUGUGGUCGUUGUAAUAAUGAUUGUCGUAAACUUCCAAACGUUGAAGAAGUCAGUUGUGCCAAAGAAAAAUGUCGAAUUGACACUAAUGUUGUCAAUUCAUCAUCCCUUUCUUUAGUCUCCUGCAAGGCUGGUUACACCCUUCAAAAAACCAAAGCCAUUGGACAUGAAGAUCACAAAUUUGAAUGUUUACUCAACUAA